AUGGAACAAGAAAUGGAAAGACGUCAAUUCAAAUUGGCCCAAGUACAGGCCUGUCAGCCAGAAGAUAGCAGGCCCACCAGGAAAUGGACAGGACAUGACCGUGAAUGGUGGUUCGAGGGUUGGCCAAAGAGCUGGUUAGAACCUGAACAAAGUUCUAACCAGCUAUUUGAGGAUUGUCAGCCAGAAGAUAGCAGGCCCACCAGGAAAUGGACAGGACAUGACCGUGAAUGGUGGUUCGAGGGUUGGCCAAAGAGCUGGUUAGAACCUGAACAAAGUUCUAACCAGAUAUUUGAGGAUUGUCAGCCAGAAGAUAGCAGGCCCACCAGGAAAUGGACAGGUCAUGACCGUGAAUGGUGGUUCGAGGGUUGGCCAAAGAGCUGGUUAGAACCUGAACAAAGUUCUAACCAGAUAUUUGAGGAUUGUCAGCCAGAAGAUAGCAGGCCCACAGAGAAAUGGUCAGGACACGACCGUGAAUGGUGGUUCGAGGGUUGGCCAAAGAGCUGGUUAGAACCUGAACAAAGUUCUAACCAGAUAUUUGAGGAUUGUCAGCCAGAAGAUAGCAGGCCCACCAGGAAAUGGACAGGACAUGACCGUGAAUGGUGGUUCGAGGGUUGGCCAAAGAGCUGGUUAGAACCUGAACAAAGUUCUAACCAGAUAUUUGAGGAUUGUCAGCCAGAAGAUAGCAGGCCCACCAGGAAAUGGACAGGACAUGACCGUGAAUGGUGGUUCGAGGGUUGGCCAAAGAGCUGGUUAGAACCUGAACAGAGUUCUAACCAGAUAUUUGAGGAUUGUCAGCCAGAAGAUAGCAGGCCCACAGAGAAAUGGUCAGGACAUGACCGUGAAUGGUGGUUCGAGGGUUGGCCAAAGAGCUGGUUAGAACCUGAACAAAGUUCUAACCAGAUAUUUGAGGAUUGUCAGCCAGAAGAUAGCAGGCCCACAGAGAAAUGGUCAGGACAUGACCAUGAAUGGUGGUUCGAGGGUUGGCCAAAGAGCUGGUUAGAACCUGAACAAAGUUCUAACCAGAUAUUUGAGGAUUGUCAGCCAGAAGAUAGCAGGCCCACCAGGAAAUGGACAGGACAUGACCGUGAAUGGUGGUUCGAGGGUUGGCCAAAGAGCUGGUUAGAACCUGAACAGAGUUCUAACCAGAUAUUUGAGGAUUGUCAGCCAGAAGAUAGCAGGCCCACAGAGAAAUGGUCAGGACAUGACCGUGAAUGGUGGUUCGAGGGUUGGCCAAAGAGCUGGUUAGAACCUGCACAAAGUUCUAACCAGAUAUUUGAGGAUUGUCAGCCAGAAGAUAGCAGGCCCACACAAGAAUGGACAGGACAUGACCGUGAAUGGUGGUUCGAGGGUUGGCCAAAGAGCUGGUUAGAACCUGAACAAAGUUCUAACCAGAUAUUUGAGGAUUGUCAGCCAGAAGAUAGCAGGCCCACCAGGAAAUGGACAGGACAUGACCGUGAAUGGUGGUUCGAGGGUUGGCCAAAGAGCUGGUUAGAACCUGAACAAAGUUCUAACCAGCUAUUUGAGGAUUGUCAGCCAGAAGAUAGCAGGCCCACCAGGAAAUGGACAGGACAUGACCGUGAAUGGUGGUUCGAGGGUUGGCCAAAGAGCUGGUUAGAACCUGAACAGAGUUCUAACCAGAUAUUUGAGGAUUGUCAGCCAGAAGAUAGCAGGCCCACAGAGAAAUGGUCAGGACAUUACCGUGAAUGGUGGUUCGAGGGUUGGCCAAAGAGCUGGUUAGAACCUGAACAAAGUUCUAACCAGAUAUUUGAGGAUUGUCAGCCAGAAGAUAGCAGGCCCACAGAGAAAUGGUCAGGACAUGACCGUAAAUGGUGGUUCGAGGGUUGGCCAAAGAGCUGGUUAGAACCUGCACAAAGUUCUAACCAGAUAUUUGAGGAUUGUCAGCAAGAAGAUAGCAGGCCCACAGAAGAAUGGACAGGAAAUGACCGUGAAUGGUGGUUCGAGGGUUGGCCAAAGAGCUGGUUAGAACCUGAACAAAGUUCUAACCAGAUAUUUGAGGAUUGUCAGCCAGAAGAUAGCAGGCCCACCAGGAAAUGGACAGGACAUGACCGUGAAUGGUGGUUCGAGGGUUGGCCAAAGAGCUGGUUAGAACCUGAACAGAGUUCUAACCAGAUAUUUGAGGAUUGUCAGCCAGAAGAUAGCAGGCCCACAGAGAAAUGGUCAGGACAUGACUGUGAAUGGUGGUUCGAGGGUUGGCCAAAGAGCUGGUUAGAACCUGCACAAAGUUCUAACCAGAUAUUUGAGGAUUGUCAGCAAGAAGAUAGCAGGCCCACAGAAGAAUGGACAGGACAUGACCGUGAAUGGUGGUUCGAGGGUUGGCCAAAGAGCUGGUUAGAACCUGAACAAAGUUCUAACCAGAUAUUUGAGGAUUGUCAGCCAGAAGAUAGCAGGCCCACCAGGAAAUGGACAGGACAUGACCGUGAAUGGUGGUUCGAGGGUUGGCCAAAGAGCUGGUUAGAACCUGAACAAAGUUCUAACCAGCUAUUUGAGGAUUGUCAGCCAGAAGAUAGCAGGCCCACCAGGAAAUGGACAGGACAUGACCGUGAAUGGUGGUUCGAGGGUUGGCCAAAGAGCUGGUUAGAACCUGAACAAAGUUCGAACCAGCUAUUUGAGGAUUAG